AUGGGAGGUCCUAAUUCUCCUAACAGGAAGAGUAAGAAGUUAAACCUGUCUUUACUGAGUACCACUAACUUGCAUCUAUCAGCCCAACGGUCAAGAGUGUUCAAGGCAUGUGAAACCUGCCGCCAGCGUAAGGUGAGAUGCAACGGUGUACAGCCAUGCCAGUCCUGUAUCAAGCACUCUACGCCUUGUGUCUUCCGCAAGAGUGCCAGGAGGCAACUGCCAAGUCCAGACCAGGAAAUCCACACUGCACACAGUGCUGUCCAGGAUCACACACCUCCUGAUAGUGAUGACUGUGUUGUCCAGUCCACGCUAUCGGUCUUGCCAUGGGGAGUCCGACAACAAAAAGAUCUGAAGCACGUCUUGGACGUUCUCAAAAUAGACGAUAGCUUCUCUGGGCGGGGUAAAGUCACCAAGGUCUUCAGCUUCACAUCUACGAUCACCAUACUCAAUCUAAUCCUGGACUUGAUUGCCCAAUUGGACGACGCUCACCUCCAUAUUCUGGAUGAAAACCCUAGACACACGCCCCAUGCAGAUGUUCUGGAAUAUUUACACCAGGUGCUGGUCCGGCACGAGGUCCAUCGCCUGCCACCCUUCAAUCCUUGCCCGCCCGGUCCUCUGGACACAGUACCGCUACAACUGCAAAGUAUUUUUCUUGAGCGAUAUAUCGCGACAAACUGGAAAAUACUUCCAUUUCAAUCGCCCAGCAGUCUACGUACACGGCUUUCCAGUCUCUCUUGCCAGCCAACAUCACAUAUGCAAGAUAAAGACAAGGCUCUGCGCGCUAUCAUGUUCCCUCUUCUUGCCAUCGGGUCCAUUACUACCGGCCAUGCAGAACUAGGAGACAUGCUUAGUGGUGAGGCGCAGGGAAAUACAAUUACGCCAUACUAUAUGGGUGACCUUCUUGCCUUGCAGAGUGAUUUGCUGAUGAUAAGUGAACCUUUCGACUUCUUGAGUUCCGUACUUUAA